AGACCAUGCCGAUCGCGUCUCACACAUGUCGCUCGGUCGUGCCGCUGCUCUCCGCUCCUUCGCUUGGCGGUUCGAACCGAAUUGUGAUACCGAGACUUAGUUUAGCUUGCGUUUACCUCUCGUCUCCGCGGGUCAGUUAGGCUCGCGCUUUCGAGCCGCCAGCACCGGCGGUGUUCUCUUUCUCUCUUUCCCGUGAUCUUCCUCGAUCGCGAGGUGAUCCCACAUCUCGAUCAGCCGAGCCCUUCCCGUUGAAUAUAAUUAUUUUUUUAAAUUUUUUUCUUCUUUUUUUUCGUCUACUCGUCACAAUCCACCGCAAUUGUUCUCGGCCGCCCAAGGCACAUGCGAACCGACAGUCACCGAAGAAGAUAGUCCUCGAUUUGGACCAGACUGAAUCUCGCCGUUCUCGAGAUGUGGACCGCACACUGCCAAAAUUUAGUAUUCAUCGCCUUUGUGUUCUUUAUACCCUCCGACGUGAAAGGCAUCCCGGAUUAUUCUGGACUGCCACCGGGACCGUAUUGUGCUUCGAGGUAUCUUGAAGGCAGUUGUUGCCCAGGACGACAGGAUGAAUGCAGCGCGCCGAUCCUCAAGACGUUGUGCUACUGCGACGAUUUUUGUAACCGAACUCGCGAAGAAGACUGCUGUCCAGAUUACUGGUACCAUUGCAGAGGGCUGCCAACCACCACAUCGGGACCCGAGGAGCUAAGGAUAUGCUUCUUCCAAGGAAAAGAAUAUUAUUACGGGCAAACGGUGAAAGUUAAUUGUAACAUAUGUAAAUGCUCGUCGCUUGACAAGCGCGCCGAAAUGCUCUGCGAGGAGAAUCGCUGUUUGAUCGAGCCGGAGUUGAUGGAGGAGCUCAAUUUGCAAGGGUCUACUCUAGGUUGGCAAGCGGGCAAUUAUUCUGAAUUCUGGGGAAGGACACUUCGGGAAGGUGUGGAGCUUCGUCUGGGCACUCUCAAUCCCUCACAAUCAGUGUAUAAAAUGAACCCGGUGCGACGUAUUUACGAUCCGGAUGCACUGCCGCGGGAAUUCAACUCCAGGACGCGCUGGUCACGCGACGUAUCCGGUGUUCAUGAUCAAGGAUGGUGCGGCGCGUCCUGGGCCAUAUCCACGGCCGACGUUGCGACCGACAGGUUCUCCAUCAUGAGCAAAGGUGCCGAGGAUGCAGAGCUGAGUGCCCAGCAUCUGCUCUCUUGCAACAAUAGAGGACAACAAGGCUGCAGAGGCGGUUAUCUUGAUCGCGCUUGGCUCUUCAUGAGAAAAUUCGGACUGGUGGAUAAGGACUGUUAUCCUUGGACCGGUAAGAACGAUCAAUGCAAACUACGUAAAAGAAGCAACCUACAGGCCGCCGGUUGUCGAAAGCCACCAAACCCGCUGAGAACAGAAUUGUACAAGGUCGGGCCGGCUUACCGUUUGGGCAACGAGACUGACAUUAUGCAGGAGAUCCUGACCUCUGGACCAGUGCAAGCUACCAUGAGAGUCUACCAAGACUUCUUCGUUUACAAAAACGGAGUAUAUAGGCACUCUCAAAGUGCGGAAUUACAUGAUUCCGGUUAUCACUCGGUAAGAAUAAUCGGUUGGGGCGAAGAGAGGUCUUAUCGCGGUCCACCGCUCAAAUAUUGGCUGGUCGUAAAUUCCUGGGGAUACAACUGGGGAGAAAACGGGCUCUUUAAGAUCCAAAGGGGAACGAACGAAUGCGAGAUCGAGUCGUACGUGUUGGCGGUAUGGGCCAAGACGAUAUAAAAAGAAGAAAAGAAACGAGGAAAAUACCAAAGUACUAGAAUAUCCGAUUGUCAUAACACUGUUGGUGCAUUUAUUGAAUCUCCGUCGUCGGUCCAUCGUCAUGCGCAAUGAUGCGAUUGCCAUCGGGGACAAUGAACGAUACAUCGAUGUUCGAAAGUAUGUGAUCCAAUUGCCUGAUCCGUACAUGCCUUAUUACACGUAGGAUCGGGAGGGAAGGAGGCAGAAACGAGAGGGAGACAGAGUUGUUUAUAAAUAUUUAAUAUAAGUACGUGGAUAGUUGAAAAAAAUAUCAUCGUUAUUUUCUCAUUAUUCGUAGACAACAAUAAUCGUUUUACAUAGAAACGCUCUCACCGUUACGCGUUGAUGAUCGAUAUGCUGUAGCAAAAGUCAUAUCUCUUUCACGUAAUAUCAUCCACGUGUCGCGGUGACUUCGAUGUGUAAGAAGUACUAAGUGCCAAGCGCUUGAAAUAAAUUUUAUAAGUACGUAAUAGUCUCUUUUUCACUUCGUUAAACGAUACAAUUAUACUUCUACUCGCGGAGUUAAAUACUUUGCGUUUAAUUGCGUUUUUUUUAUUUAAUCAGUUAAACCUUUUUGUGUUCUAUUUUUAAAAUUAGACACACGUACGUUAUGUGUGAGGAAUACUCGUCAUGGAAAACAUAUAUAUUAAAACAAUUAGAAACUUCACUGGUUCAGCAAAUCUUCAGUCGUAGUAUGUAAACAGUCAGUUUUGUACGUCAAAGUAGCAAAGUUGUACAACUGAAUAAAAUAGCGAUUAUAGGUAAUCACAUUUGUUGUAAUUUGUAAUAUAGUACCGUUAAUAUAGCAAAGAUAACUUUCUAUGAAAGUCAGUUCAAUAGAUCAAAAUUUUUAAUAAAACAUGCUAACUAAGAUAGCGUUCUUUUGUCGCUGUAAUGAAGAAAACUUGUUCCAUUGGCAAUUUUCAUUGUAGCAAUUAGCUGAAUUAGCAUACUAAAAACUGCUUACAGAUAUAAUUUCUUCGUUAAACCGUCAAAUCUUUUCUUGCAUUAUAGAUGUUAAACUCGCGCAGCAAGCUAUAGCUUUGCUGAACCACUCAAUCUAAUUUUUCCGUGAUGAUGCUCCCAUAAGGUAAAUGGCAGUGUAAUAGUGUAUUAGGAUGUGAUACCAC